GCCUGAAGCGUGUCUGAACCGAGCCCAGUUCUGUGGGUGUGUGCUGACUGGGGUGGUGGGGGUAUGCCCACUCUCCCCUAUAUAAAGAGUCGUCAGUGACARAUUUCUACUUCUUCAUCGGGGCUCUCAUCAUCAGCAUCAUCAUCCUGUCCUCACUGAUCCUGAUCCUCAGAGACGAUGACUUCACUGCUCACCCUGCUGGGAGCUGUGCUCUGCUCCCUGGCUGUUUCCUCUGAAGUCCUGCCUCAGGCAGACUUCAACAUCCAGGGGAUGUCAGGGAAGUGGUACCUGAUUGGCAUCGCCUCCAACUCUCAGUGGCUCGUCAGACGCAGGGCCACGAUGAAGAUGGGCACGGCCAUGCUGAAACCAACCGCAAACGGAGACCUGGAAAUGUCUUACGCCAGUCUCACUUCUGAUGGCUCUUGCUGGAGAAAGAACAAACUGGCUAAAAAGACCGAUGUUGCUGGGAAGUUCACCUACAGCUGUGAACAUUCAGGUGCUCUGAAAGACAUGCGUGUGACUGAAGUGAAGUCUGAUGAGUACGCUCUGGUUCACAUCAUCAAGAAAAAGGAGGCGGAGACGACCACAGUUACUAAACUUUACGGACGUGCAGACGAACUCGGAGCUGAUGUGAAGCAGAAGUUCAGGCAGCUCGCCUUGCAAACCGGCACUCUGCCCGAAAACAUCAUCUUCCUUCCCAAAAACGCGGAGUGCCCAGCUGCCUGAUUUCCUGUCCUGCUCUGCAUCUGUGGUGAAAGGCUGCAGACCUUUGCUGUGGAAAAAAACCCUGACUUCAGUUUCUAUAAUCUCAUUCUUUUGUAGCAAUACUGUUCAAAAAAUAAAAAAUAAAGAAAGCCAGCUAAAAUA